AUGUCUGAAAUGAAUGGUAACUCUGAUCAUAAAGAUGAGAUUCAAUGGUCUCCUCUACCCAUGCUGGCUCAUGGGAAAGUUAUCAAACCAUUCUUACCAUUAGACAAAUUUCCAAGUUUAAAAUUAUCAGCUUUUUAUAAGAAUUUGUACCCUGGAGAUGAAGUGUUCUUAUUUGAAACCAAUAAUACAUCAAAUUGGGCUAGAGGUUAUCUUAUUGUCCAACCACUACCUUCAGAUUUCAUUGAAAAAUCAAGUGAUUUGGAUAAAUUACCAGAGCAGAGAGUUAGUGUUGUUAUUGUUCCAUUGACACAUAUUCAUAUAAUGGAUAGAUUGGCUAUGACUUCAAAUUUUGCUGCUCCAUCACCAAAUGAUUUUGAAUAUGGACAAAGUUCAAUCCCAAGUAUUCAUGACUUACAAUUAUCCAAUACAAAAGCAAGAAAUGGUGAUUUACAAGAUGAAAGUGCAAAUAUAAAAUUGAAACCGCCUUUACCCUUGGUUAGAUUAGAUUCUGGUGAUCUUUUGGAUGAACUGGUCCCAUCAUUAUCUUUAUUAGCUUCACAUAUUUAUUCGUUCUAUUCUGUUGGUGAAUACGCUUUAUUUAAGAAACUUUAUGAAUCAUUUGACGAACUAAAUAAUUUAAGAAUCAAAUUAACUUAUAAUUUAUUAACAAGAGCUGAAAAGGCACAAGCUAAACAACAAGUUUCAUUAUUAUUAUCAAAUAUCUCCAAAUUUUUAUCAUCAAAAGGUGCAAGCAAGUUUCAUCAAAACUCAAGUGCCCAAUUAAAACAUGAUUCUUCAGGUUAUCAAUCUGUCACAGCAAGAGAUGUCAAUUCUGGAGAACUUUAUGAUUACUGGAGUACUGAUUUGGCAAAACAACCAAUUCCAAAAAUCAUUGCUGCAAAUCAAUUAGCCGCUACAUUAUCACCAAAUUUCCCAGUAACAAAUAACUUGGAAGAAGAAUUAAAACCAAAGAAAAUCACCAAAUUUAAUAAAGUUACACCUUCACAAAUAUUGGUCGAUUUCAAAGAUGUUAGUGGUACUUCAACAUUGAACCCUAAAGGGUUUUCUGGUAUGACAGCAUAUUUAUAUUUGAGAACUUCUAAAAGAAGAUUAACUGAAGCCUUUGCCAUUCAUAUAAAUUCAUCUUCAGCUUUCUCUUUAGAUAAAAUCUCUGCCGCUCUAUUUAGAAAUAUCCCAGGUACUGAAGUUGAUACAAGUAGAAUUUAUUUGGUUGCCAUAAUUACUGAAGAAAUUGAUACCACAAAAUAUGGCGAAGUUAGUGAAAGUACUAUAAAAAUGGUUAGAAAAGGUAUAGCUGCUGGUGUUGCUGAUAUCUCAAGAAUCUUUUCAAGACAUACUGGUGCUUUAAAAACUGGUGAAUCACAUCAAUUCACUAUCAAAUUAUUUGGUUCAUAUGUCAAUAAAACUGAUAAUACUACUUUAGAUCCAAAAAAUAUGAAUUUUGGUUGGGGUGAAUUAAUUGAUAGAGUCAUUUCAGGUUCUAAAAAAGGUGUUGCAGUUAAUCCAAGAGCUGAAAAAUUAGUUGUUUCUAUUAAAGAAUUUAAAGGUGAUUUACAAACGGUUGCAUCAGAUUUUGACUCAAACAUCAAAACUCCAAUUUAUCAAAUUAGAACAAAUUUCUUUGAUCCGUUGGUUAAAGCACAUGAUAGAAUUUAUUUAUCAAUGGGUAAAGUUAAUUUAACAUUUAACUCAACUCCAUUCCCAGGUGAUUUGAUAUCUAUUAGAUUGGUCAAUACAAAUUCAAAUUCAAAAGUUGUUAUUUCUAAAGCUACAAAUGAUAUUCCAACUAAUAGUUGGGAUUUUACAUCUGUUCAUUCAAAUGAAGUAGUUGGGGAAUCAAUAAAAAUUAGUGGAUUAGAAAAUGCAGGUGAAAAUGAAUCAUUGAAAUUACAUUUAUAUGUUAAUUUUGAAUUCAAAGCUGAAGCUGACUUGUUAGUCACUAAUAAAGGUCUUGUUCAUGAACAGAAUAAGAGUCAACUAAUCUUAUUUAAAAAUGGCCCCCAAACUAUUGCAUCUGUUGAAGUUGACACUCGUUAUGUUGGUAAAGCUUUUAAUGUUGAAAGUGCAUUCCAGCAUAUAUUGGCUUGGAAAAGGUUAUAUUCAUUACCUGAACAUGAAGAUAGGUUAAUUGAUACUUUAAAACUAUUGAAUCAAACUUCUUUAGAUCAAUCAAUCAAAUAUUUCAAAGAGUUAUUGGUCAAUUUAUUACAAAUAUUCAGUGCUUCUACAAAAUCAAAUCUGACCAAAUUGAAAACUGCUUCAUUUUAUGCAUUUAUUCAUUUAUUAGAUGUUGUUAUUGCAAGACAAGAACAAUACACUUAUUUAUAUCAUGAAUUUGUUGAAGAACAUUCAAAUACUGAUAGUAUUUUACCAAAAGUUGGUGCUGAUUUGAUAUUUAUGACUGCUUCCUAUUUUGGUAAAGCAAGUACUGAAUGGAAUUAUGUUGGUAGAACAUUAUGUCGUAUUUCACCAUUAUUAUUGAAAAUUUCAAUCUUAGCAUUAGAUCCGAAUGAUGUCAAAGAUUUCCAAAUUGCAUGGAGAGCAUUAGCUCAAGUUCUAGAUGAAUUUUUGUUGCUAAGAAUUGAAUCCAUGAUCCCUGAUCAAUUAUUAGUCUUGGAAUAUACUGAUCUAUUAUUAGAGAAACUGAGAGGUUUAUUCCCAGAGAGUGAAGUUGCACAAUUUGGUAUCAAUAUGAUCAAUGCAGUUGGUACAAGAGGUUUAGGCGCAGCUACUGAUGAAAACAUUAAAUUGAAAGCUAAAGAAACAAAGAUUUUCAUCACAAAACUUUUGUUAAUUCGUCGUUUGUUGAAUAGUUGGAUUUUUGAAAGUGCUGAAUUUCAAUCCACAACUGAAAGGUUCUAUAUUUGUGCAAUUAAUUGGGCUAUUGAAGCUUAUGAUGAUGGUACUACAGAUCUUGAUGUUUUGAGAUUAGCAAACUCGUGUCUUGUUUCGGUUUGUCAUAUUGCUUGGGGUGUCAUUGUAAAUAAGGAUGAAAAGAAUUAUAUUUUCCCAAGAAGUGUUUCAAGAUUAUUAUUAGCAAUUGCAGAAUUAUUCCAUAAAGUUCAUCAAUUUGCAAGAACUAACAAUUUAUUUGAACCUAAAAGAACGUAUACCCAAUUAUUUCCAAACUGUUACCCAUUUGCUGAAUUAAUCAUGGAUUCUGUUCUUAACGAUGUGACUGUUGUGGAAAUUUUGGUUGAAUUAGGUGUUAUUUAUGCAUUCAUUACCAAAAUUUCAAAAAAUAUUGCUUCUAAUUCCCAAGGUUUUGUUUCUAUUUUGGAAGCAUCACAAAAUGAUACAAUGUUUAAUUCAUCCAAACACUUCAUUAGCUCAUUCAGUAAAGAAGAUUUGUUGCUAAUCAUUCAGACUAAUAGAUUAUUGAUUCAAUCUAAAUUUUUCCCUUCAGAAAAAUGGAUUUCUCUUCAUGCAUUAUUAAUUGAAAGUACAACAAGCUCUUCAGAAUUAAUCAAAUUUAUUUUGAUUAGAGAUCAUAUCCCAUCAGCAACAAAUCCAGAUACAUUUGAUAGAUCAUUAUGGAGUAAAUAUUUGAAAUCAUUAUUGGCCAUGUCUUCAUCAAUGCCAGCAUCUAUUUGUCAUUUGGCUGAAGUUCCAAGAAAAGCUGCUUGGAAAAUCACAGGUGAUAUCCGUGGUAGAUGUGCUUCCAUAAUUAAUCAAUCAUGGGAUUGUCUAGGUUGGGACUCUUUGAAGAGAGAUUAUGUUCGUUUCCAUGUGAAGAAGAACUCUGGUUAUCAUGUUGAAUUUAUCCAAGAAGAUUAUGGUAUUUUGGAAGAAUUGAUGGUUUUCUGUUUACAAAGAAAUGCACAAUGUCAAAUUGUUGGUGUCAAAAUUUUAUGGACCAUCAUUAUUGCUGAACUAUUGGUUCAAGAAACAAGUGAUGAACCUGUUCACAAUAAAUUAGCAGCUGUUGAAAAAGGUUGUAUGAUUGGGUUGGAUAAAUUCUUCAAAUCUGAAAGGUAUAUUCCUGGUUUAUAUGAACAAAGAAAUUUUAUCAAGAGAUUAAAAAUGGUUAUUAGGUUAGAUCCUGAAGAUGAAUCGUUUACAGAUGUUUAUUCAUUCAUUCAAAAUUUAAGUGAGUUCUUAGAUAUUCAAAAUGAUUUAACAUCUGUUCCAAAAGGUGAUGAAUUUGAUGAUGAAAGAACUUUCCAUGAUUUAGAUAUCUUACGUCAUUUGAUGCGUGUUAAUAAUGCAAAGAAAUUCCAUGCUUCAUUAGAUGAUCUUUAUGAAAGAAAUAUUUCAAAAAGCAACUUUACUCAAGCUGCUUUGUGUCUAGAGUUAUUAGCUUCAACUUAUGACUGGGAUGUUGAAGAAGAACUGCCAAUUUCUAUUAAACCAAGAUUGCCAGCACAAACUGCAUUUGAAAGAAAAGAAUUUUUAUAUAAAAUGAUUGCUUCAAAUUUGAUCAAAGGUUCUAAAUUAGAAAAAGCUGUUCUAAUUUAUAAAGAACUUGCUGAAGUAUAUGAUAAGAUUAAUUUCAAUUUGAAAGGUUUAUCCUUUGUUCAUAAUAGAUUAUCAGACUUGUAUUUGGAUUUAACUACUGCUGAUAGAUCAACUCCAACUUAUUUCAAAGUUUCCUUCAUCGGUUACGGGUUCCCAAAAACUGUUAGAGGUAGAAGCUUUAUCUAUGAGGGUUUGACUUUUGAGCAUAUCAAUUCUAUUCAUAAUAGAUUAUUAAGAUUACAUACAGGUGCUAAGAUUAUUUCAAAUGAUGAUGAAGCAAAUUAUUUAAUUCAAAAUACACCAAAUGGUAAAUUUUUACAUAUUGUUACUGUGAAACCACAAGUUGAUUUCCAAAGUAAUCAUGGUAAUUUAUCAAGUGCUGCUAGAUUGUAUAUGGAGAACAAAGAUUUGAAAUACUUUACAACUUCUAAAAGAUUACAAAAAUCAACGUCUGUCUUGGAUUUAUGGGUUGAAGAAACAACAUAUGAAACUUUCAAUACAUUCCCAACAUUAAUGAACAGAAGUGAAAUUGUUGCAGUUGAAAACACUAAAUUAUCACCAAUCCAUAAUGCAUUGAGAACAUUAAGUGCUAAAACACAAGAUCUUGUUAAUGCAGAAAUUAGUGCACAAAAAUCAUUGAGAGAUCGUGAAAAUAAAUCAACAAGUUUCAAUGAAUUAUCAAGAAACUUAUCAGGUACCGUUGAUGCUCCAGUCAAUGGUGGUAUUGCACAAUAUAGAGAAUUUUUCAAUGUUGAGGUUGAUCCUGAAGAUGAGGAGCUAGAGAAUGACUUGAGUGUUUUGAAGAGUGCUUUUGAUAACUUAGCAAUCUGUAUUUCACGUUGUUUAGUUGUUCAUGGUAAAUUAGUUCCAGAAUCUUUGAAAGAAUCACAUGUUGUUUUAAUUGAUUUAUUUGAGAAAAACUUUAAAGGUGAGAUUAAAAGAACUCACAUUGAUGUUGCUGAAUUAAGACGUUCAAUUCCGAAGGCAUCAGCUUCACCAUAUUCAGCAGGUAGUUCAACAAACUCAAGUGUUAGUACAUUUAAGGUGAAUCAAACACCACAACAACCACAAACACAUGCUGCAUCACAAAGAAUUCCAUCAACUAUCUCAGUCAAUACUUCCACUGGUUCAACUUUAACUAGAGUUGCAUCUGGUUCAUCUGAAAAAUCAAGUUCAAGAAUGUCCCAAGUUACAACUGGGAGUGGGGGUAGAAAAAGAUCAAUCUUGAACUGGAGACAAUCUCGUCAAGAGGCGCCAUGA